AUUGUCAUUAUCAAGCCAAGCAUGCUUCAUUGAAUUUGUCUUCACUUAAGUUAGAGCUUGUUGCUUUUCAACUUCCAACAAAAAAACCAUUUAAAACAUCAAGUUUGGCCAAUUCCCACUCCUGUCUCGACUUCUAAAAAAUGGGUAGCUAUGAUGAAGCUGAUUCAGGGAGCAUUGGUUUCAUCAAUGAUUAUGAAGAUUCUCAACCAGCAACUCCUCCUAUGGACCGACGUAGGGUGGUGACAGCAGCAGCAGCUCAAGCCCCAAUUAUUUCAUCAUUCAAUGACAAAAUCCGACCUUUGCUUGAUGUCAUCGACAGGCUCAGGCUGCUCAUGGCGAUGAAAGAAGGCAUACAGCUCCCCACAAUUGUUGUGGUCGGAGACCAGUCAUCAGGCAAGUCUAGUGUUCUUGAAUCCUUGGCUGGCGUUAACCUUCCUCGUAGCCAGGGCAUUUGCACCAGGGUACCUCUCAUAAUCAGGUUGCAGAACCAUGCAAGUCCAAGGCCAGAGCUUUACUUGGAGUACAAUGGCAAAAUGGUCCCAGUGGAGGCACCCCAGAUUGCAACAGCCAUAAACAUUGCAACUGAUGAGAUUGCGGGCCCGGGUAAGAGCAUAUCUGACACCCCUUUAACUUUAGUGGUGAGAAAAGAUGGGGUUCCUGAUCUUACCAUGGUUGAUCUUCCUGGAAUUACCAGAGUUCCUGUCCAUGGUCAGCCUAACAACAUAUAUGAGCAGAUCAGGGACAUUAUCAUGCAGUACAUAACUCCAAAGGAAAGCAUUAUCCUUAAUGUUCUGUCGGCUACGGUCGAUUUUUCAACUUGUGAAUCCAUUAGGAUGUCGCAACAAGUGGACAAGAAUGGUGAGAGAACUCUUGCUGUGGUUACUAAAGUAGGUAGGGCCCCUGAAGGGCUUGUUGACAAGGUUACUGCAGAUGAUGUGAAUAUAGGACUUGGUUAUGUUUGUGUUCGGAAUCGGAUUGGUGAUGAAUCCUACGAAGAAGCAAGGAAGGAAGAGGCUAGAUUGUUCGAAACUAAUGCACAUUUGUCAUGUAUUGAUAAAUCAAUUGUGGGUGUUCAUGUUUUGGCUCAAAAGCUUGUUCAAAUUCAAGCUAAUGAAAUUGCAAAGUGCUCGCCAGAGAUUGUUAAAAACAUUAGUGCAAAGCUGGAUGAAAAUGUUUCAGAGCUAGAGAAAAUGCCAAAGGUCUUAACUUCAAUUGCUGAUGCAACUCAAGCUAUGAUGUGGAUCAUUCAAGCAGCUAAAGAAUCCCUCAAGAAACUUCUUUGGAGGGGGGAAUUUGAUGAAUACCCCGAGGACAACACGAAGCACGGGACUGCUCGGUUUGUAGAAAUGCUGAACCGGUUCUCCGAUGAACUUCACAACUGCGAGGAAAGUAAUCUGUCGAAAGACUUUUUAACAGAAGAGAUCAAGGGUUUGGAAGAUGCUAAGGGGAUCGAACUACCAAACUUCCUUCCCUGUGAAGCAUUCCUUCGAAUCUUCCGGAGAAAAGUCGAGAGGAUAUCGUAUCUCCCUAUCAAAUUCACCGAAAAGUAUUGGGAUUACAUAGACAAUGUGGUGACGUCUGUUUUGACGCGCCACUCGGAAAUGUAUUAUCAGCUCAAGGUAUCGGCGAAAGGAGCCGCUCACAAUCGUUCAAAAGCUGAGGAGCAAUCAAUCAAUAGGGUGAAAGAGAUUGUGGAAAUGGAGAAACUAACAGGCUAUACAUGUAACCCUGAUUACAUGAGGAAGUGGAAAGAGCUCAUGAACCAACAAGACUAUUUCAUAAACCAAAUAACCGGAACAGACAUGAUGUUGCCACCUUACCGUGAGGAUCUCCAAAACAUGAUGUUGCGACCUUCCUGUGAGGAUCUCCAAGGUUUCGGAGAAAUCCAAGGUCUCAAGGAAGUCCAAGGUUUCGGAGAAAUCCAAGUCGAACAUCUCAGACAACACUCCAACGUUUUGAUCCUGCAACAAGCUUUCGAUCUGAAGAUGAGAACAGUUGCUUAUUGGAAGAUAUUUAAAGUUAGAUUGGUUGAUUCCAUGGCAUUGCAUUUACAAUACUGUGUUCAUAAUCUUGUAAACAAUGGCAUUGAUGAGAUUGUGAAGGAGCUGAUGGGACCAGAUGGACAUGGGAUGGAGAAGGUGAUGGUGGAAUCUCCUGCCAUUGUUGCAAAGCGUGAGAAGCUUAAAAACAACAUCAAGGUGUUAAAGGAGUCCAAAGAUAAUGUGGCCAAGGUCAUGGACAGGAUUGUUGUUUAUGAUGCUUACUUGGUUUAAUAUUUUCACAUAAAAUUUAGGUCAUCAUCAUGGUUUGCUUUAUUACAUGCUGCAAGUGUCUGUACUCUAUAUAUAUAGUAUAGAUUAUUAAGAACUGAAGAUUAUAUAAUAAUGUCAGAACUACAGUGAUUAGUUUUUAUUUA